AUGAAAAGGAAUGUCCGGCGCAGACCUCGCCGGCGAUGUAGGAAUGUCCCACCGGGCCGUCACAUCCCGCUCUCGUCCUCCUCCUCCCCCUUGUCCUCCUCUUCCUUUCCCCAUUUCCCGGCCAUCACCUGUCUUUUUAAGAGAGAGACGCCCUUUUCUCCGCUGCUCAUCUCCCCCCCUCAGACAACGCUCGUCUUCUGUGAGCCGAUGGAGCCGCGGAUGUCGCCGGAAAGUGCGGGAAUGACGUCGGAGAACCCCCCGCCAUGCAGCCACCGGUCCACCUUCUUCGGGUCGUCGUUCUCCUCGCCGGCGGACAUGACCGACGAACUGCUCGAGCCGGCACUUGCGGCAUCGAGGAAUCACCGGGAGGCGGAGCGACGCCGCCGUGAGCGCAUCAAGUUCCACCUCGACCGCCUCCGCUCUCUCCUCUCCUGUGACGCCAGAGUACUCUCUCUCUCUCUCUCUCUCUCUCUCUCUCUCUCUCUCUCUCGCUGUCUAUCUACCUAUCGAUCUCUAUCUAUCUUUCUUCGUCUAAAGAUUAUAGCCAAAGCUGAAGAAUUGAACUGGGGAUUUGCAGUCCAAUUUUCGCAGCUCGGUAGUCCAGUGAGAUGGAUGAAGCCUGCUAACAUCCUGUCGGACUUAUAUCUUAAUCGGAAAACUUUAGCUCUUCUUCCUCUGUAAGAUUUUUGUGAGAUCUCGGUUAAGCGCAGUAUCGAAGAACAUUAAUUUACUGAUUAAAAAUAUAUUUAAUGAGCCUACCAGUAAUUAAAUCGAGCAUGAACAACCCGAUUAUUUGAAAACCUGUCAUUUAGGGUUUGGUCUGACCGUGGGGUUCUCCUGAUGACUGCAGAUCGACAAAGCUUCGCUGCUGGCCAAGGCAGUGGACCACGUGAGGGACCUGAAGAAGCGCGCCGCAGAGAUCGGCGGCGCCGCCAGCUUCCCCACCGAAGCCGACGAGGUCGCCGUUGACCCCGUUGACAUCCCCACCGCCGCCGGCCGGAGACACAUCCUCAUGGCCUCUUUCUGCUGCGACGACCGCUCAGGGCUUCUGCCGGAGCUUGCAGAGACUCUCAAGUCCCUCCGUCUCAAGAUCCUCAGAGCUGAGAUCGCCACCGUCGGCGGGAGGGUCCGGAAUGUCCUCGCCGUCGCCGGAGAAGACGGCGGCGGAGACGUGGCGGCGGCCGGCGGCGCGCCGGCGGCGUUCCUGGAGGAAUCCCUGAGGGCCAUGGUUGACCGGGGGAUUCCGGCAGAGCGUCCGAAGCGACGGCGAGUCUCCGGGAGAAGAACAACCACCGUUUGA